AUGGAAUCCAGUGCCAGCGAGGGACCAAGUUCACAGGCCGCCAGACAACGUCGAGUUUGGAAUGAAGAUGAGGAACGUGCUCUUAUUGUAGAAAAACAAUUAUGGUUUGCUUUUGGGAAUGCUUGGUACAUCGGUUCGCAUGGAGUGACAGAGAAUAUGAUUACAGUGAAGAAUGAUGUCGUGUGGAAAGACUACCUGAAAGUCAAAGGAUUGCGUUAUAAACCUUGGCCCUUUUUCCUGGAUUGGAUGGAAAUAUUCGAAAAGGACCAUGCAACAGGAGAAGGGGCACAAGGUUUCACUAACGCAGUUAAUGGGGUCUUACAUGAUACAAACGUCGAAGUACCGAGGCCAAACCCCACUAAAGACCCUCGGGCGGAACAAUUUGAUUAUCCUCAAAAUAACUAUGACUCUUUUUCGGCUCAAGCAGGUGAGAGUAGUGCAUCCAGUAAGUCUAAGCGUGACGGAAAAAGAAAGCGUAAUGUUGAGCUGGAGGAUAAAAUAGUCAGGCCACUGUCAUCCGUUUGCCAAGAGACUAACAGCCGUCUUUCAGAACUGUCCACACGUGUCGGACACGACGUUGAUGCCAAAGCACAACGAACAGCCGUUUACGAUGCACUGCAAAAAAUUUCUACCUUAACAACGGAUGAAAGGGUCGCUGUUGCUCGGUACUUAUCCAAGAACGUUGACGAGAUGGAACUGUUUUUCAGCAUGGACGAUGAUGGAAAGAGGUCGAUGGUGUACCAAAUAUUGACCGGGUUAGCAUAG